AUGUUUGCUUUUAAAGCUUUGUUAGAUGCGAAAGUGAACAGGAAUAGGCAAAGUUUGAAUUCGAAACUCAUGAAGAAAUUUAUAAUUGCAUCUCAACGAAUGGUAUCCAGGAAGAAGGAUUAUUUAAAUGAGAAUGUGGUUAAAGUUGAUUGCAUUGUUAAUUCUCGUGAUCAUCCUAUAGAAAUAGAAGAUGAUGAAGUAUCUGAAGGGAAAAAAUUUAUAUAUGAUGAAGUUAAGAAGGAGAAUGAUGAGAGUCCAAUUGAGAUUUAUUCCAGUAAUUCUAGGAAUAAGACAAUUGACAUUUCAUCUAGUGAUUCUUGGAAGAAGAAAAAGCCAAGGAAUAAUGUUAUUCAGUCUGAAUAUAGUUCGAUGAAAAAGAGAAAACAUGGUUUGUUUGGUCGAUUAAAUUCAAAAUCAUCUGAUUCAGAAGAUUAUGUAAGUGAUUCUGAUUAUGAAGUUCGGAGCAUUACAAAGAGCAGGAAGUUGGUUAACAGAAGUGAUAGAAAAGUUAGUAAAACAAUUGUCUCCGAACAUGAGUUUUCUAGUGAUUUUGAUUUUGAGGAUGGUUCCAGUAGUAGUGUGAAGAGGGUGGAUAAUAUAGCUGAUAAGAAAGUUAAAAAGAAAAUGGAGUUGCAUAGUGAUAAAAUAAAGUCAUUGUAUUCUCGUGUUUCUCUUCAUUCUAUAUAUGGUGUUGUGAAGUCUAUGAAUCAUAAGCAAAAAGAAUGUGUGAGGAAUUUGGGAUUUGGAUCAUUGAUAGACAUGAAGACUCAAAGUAUUCCAGCAAAAUUAUGUUAUUUUGUUGUUGAUUCGUUUGAUCCUUUAGAGAUGGUUAUUAAAACUGAGGUUUCUAAUAUUUUGGUUACAAGGGAAGAUGUUAAUAGGGUGUUAGGGCUACCUAUGGGGAUUGAUCAAUUAAAUAGUGUUGAUUUAAGAGGUAAUGAGGAAUGGUAUGAAAUAUGGAAAGAUCAAUUCAAGAAGCCGUUGUCUUUAAUUACUCCAAAUGAUGUUGUGUACAAGAUAAUAGAACGAUGUGAAGCAGAUAUGGUGUUUGUUGCAAACUUUAUUAUUCUUGUAUGUACAUGUUUUGGAUCAUGUAACAAACAAGGUGCAUGCAAUUUGAAGCUUCUACCGUAUUUGUCUGAAUCAUAUAAGUUAGAUAAGUUUGAUUGGUGUACGUAUGUAUUAAAUUGUGUAAAAGAAGAAAAGUUGAUUUGGGGUAGAAGUGAUAUUAAGACCUUCUUCAAUGGUCCAAGUGUCUUUCUAACGUUGCUAUAUGUUGAUAGGAUUCAAUGUAGGCAAAUGUUAAUGGUUAGAAGAUAUCCAGUAAUUAAUAAUUGGACUUUAGAGCAGUUGAAAGUGAGAGAAAUGAAUGAAAUUUCUAAUCGAGGUUUUGGAAUGCCAUCUGCUACAGUGGAAAGUGUUGAUGAAGUUUAUAGAGGAUCAAUUUUAGAGUUUCAUUCAGAAAUGAAGUGGUGUUUAGUAGAUAUGUCUAAGAAAGUGGAUAAAGCCUUUAAAACGCAUGGAAAUUUGAAAAUAGUAGAGUUUUAUGGAAUGAAGCUGAAAGAGUUAUGUUCUGCAUAUAAAUCUUUUCGUCAUAGUAAUUAUAAAUGCGAAUAUCCUUUUCAGUCAUCUGGAAAAAGUAGUAGUUGUGAUGAUAAGUCUAAUGAAUUUCUAGAUGUUGGGCAGUCUAUUAACAACAGCGUUGGUGGUAAUAAAUAUGGAUCGGCAAAUUCGUUUGGCAAAUCUGGAAAUAUGGAAACUAAGUUGCAUGUGGAUUGCGAGGGUGGUCAUAAGGAAAAGUGUGUAGGAGAGGGUAUUCCUUCUUUCAAUUUAGGAAUUGAUGAUGAUAUGCAUACUCCUUCAAAAGUGAGUCCAGGUGUUGUUGUUAAUAAAUAUGGAUCGGCAAAUUUGAUUGGGAAAUAUGGAUUUAUUGAAAAUAAGUUGCCUCUGGAUUGCGAGGAUGGUCAUAAGGAAAAGUGUGUAGUUGAGAGUAUUCCUUCUUUUAAUUUAGGAAUUGAGGAUGAUAUAUAUACUCCUCCAAAAGUUAAUCCAGGUAUUGAUAGUUAUGUGGACAAUAAUUCUGUUUCUGUUGGAAUAAGUUCUGAUUUAGUCAAAGGGAAUGAACCAAAGUCUUGCAAUGAAAGUGAAAAAGUUCAAAUUCUUAAGAAAGAUAUGAUUUCAUUGAGACCAAAGAGAAGUCAAAUGUUACCUCCAGUGCUUAGGUCUCCAUUUGUUGUACGAGCUGUUGAGAUUGAUAGUAAUUUGAUGAAGGAGGAGAAUAUCAAGUCUAAUUGGCUAUUCAGUUUAUGUGGGAAUCCAACGGAUGAUCUUUUUCAUAGCAUAAAUGGUCAGUGUGGGGAAAGAUACAUGUUUGAGAGCUUAUAUCCGGGAGAAUUUCUUUUUUCUGGGACUAUUGAUUGUUUUGUUGAAGUGUUGAACUAUGAUGAGAGAGCUAGGAAUUUGGACACUCCUUCAUGUUUCUUCUUCAAGACAGCAGUAUUGGAUCCUGCAUACAUGCAUAGUGAAGCAUGUAAACAUGAUGAUGUGUACGAGAAUUUUAAAGAAAAUGUUUUUCAUUGUUUGGGAGAGUCUAAGGAACGAAGAAAUUUAAAAGGAAUUGAUUUGGUGUUCUUUCCUGCAUGUGCAAACAGUCACUAUUUUGUGUUUGUUUUUGAUUUUAAAAACCGCAAAGCUGUCAUAUUGGACAACAUUUUGUAUAGAUCUUCUGAAAAACCAUACCCACAUCUAACUCAAAAUCUGAAAUAUAUGUUUGGUAGAUAUCUUCAAGACAUAAAACAUUUUAUGGCUUUUUCAGUUAUGUAUGAAAUGGAAUUUGUUGAUCAAUAUAUGACGUGGAAAACAAGAGGUAACAGUAAUGAUUGUGGGAUUUUUUUGAUGCGUCAUAUGGAAACUUAUAAAGGUGGUCCUUUAGCUCAUUGGAGAUGUGGGUUUAAAAUGGAAAGUGUUGAGCAGAUGAUGCAACUUAGAAAUCUUCGAAGAAGAUAUUCUAUGAAAAUUCUGUUGAGUGAAGUUAAUUUAAUGAAAAAUGAAGUUGAGCAACUUCUUGUUGAUUAUCAAAAGCUUUCUUCAAAUGACAGGCGUGUAAUGUAUCAUGAAGGCAUUAUCAAUAUAGCAGCUAGGUUAGCUGCUUUUGGUCCUUGA